GGAAAUCAACGGGGCAAAGCUCCUAAACAGCCUCCUCAACGCCCCAAGGCUUAAGUCUCUGCUCCAAGUGUAUGAGUGUCUGCGGCAACACCAGAGAGAGCCAGCUGCUCCCUUCCUACCCUACACAACACAGCUCAUCCAACAGAUUCUGGCUGACCUGAGAACAGUUCAGAACACUUCUGCUGAGGCCAGGGAGCUUUACAGUCUCCUCAGGGGACCACAUUUCCAGGCUCUGACAUCAGCCCAUGAUACGGUGGCCCAGAAGGACUAUGACCCUGUGCUGCCUCCUAUCCCUGACAACCUCGCUGACGAUGAGGAGGCCAUGAGGAUAGUCUGUCUGGUGAAGAACAAGCAGCAGCUGGCCCGGUCUCAAGGCACUCUCGUGUCCAAAGUGUUUCCCAUCACAGAUAGACCAGUCAGCAACCAGACGAUAUGUGUCUCCUGGUGUCCCAGCUGUAUGUGCGUGCCAUGGCAGACUACAGUCCCCAGCAGGACCUGGCCAUUCCCUGCGCCGAGGCAGGUAUGGACUUCAGGAAGGGAGACCUGCUGGAGAUCGUGGACCAGUCAGACACCCUCUGGUGGCAGGCCAAGAAACUACCCAGCACCUCGGCCUGCGCUGGACUUAUCCCCUCCACCAACCUGCUCAGGAGGAAACAGAAAGAGUUCUGGUGGUCUCAGCUUUACCAGCCUACAUCAAACCCUAUAAAGACCUGAUGGCCAUUGAUGAAAAGUGUGAUGAAGCUGAGAUGAGGAAGAUUUUGAAUCUUUUAGAAUUCCAAUUUGAAAUGUGAGAGGAGCUAAGAGAAGAGGAGGGUGAGUUCAGCACUAACGUCGAGGGGAUCUAUCUAACUGGGUUCAGACGUAGCCUGCGUCUGUGCCGGCGCCAGUCCCUAAGCACUGGUUCCAGUCAGCAGUCCUGCUACACCCGCUGCUCCAGCAGCUGCUACAGUGCCCUCAACAACCCAUAUGAAGAGGUGGUACGAUACCAGUGCAACCCGCAGGACAAGCACCGCCUGGUCACCCUGGUCCCUCUGGCAUUGGAGUGAACGAACUUAAUCGAAAUCAAUCCAGUGACCUUUCAAGGGGCCGUGCCUCACACAACACGAGCCGCUAAGAGCCAUGAGGAGUCUGAUAAAGAGUAUCACUUCAUCAACAGAGAACUGUUUGAGAACAUGGUUUACAACAACAAGCCAUCCAGUCAGUGAGGACACAUGAGCUCAAGGCCUACAUCAUCUAUGUGAAGCCGCCCACCGCAAAACAAAUGAAGGAGACCAGGACACUCAGAUCGCCACAAAUGACUACGUCAACAUCCCUUUCAAAGAGGAAGACUUCCAGGAGAUUGAGGAGACAGCCAGAAAGAUGGAGUUUCACUACUGCUAGUUCUUCGAAAAUGUGAUGGUGAACGACAGGCUGCAAGACUCCUGUGUUCAGCUACUGAGGGCUGUGAGAAGGGCUCAGGACUAGACACAGUGGGUUCCUGCCAACUAGAUACGACCCACAGAGGAGUUUUGAUGAGAAAUGAGGAGAGGAGAGAACAUAAAAGGAUCACAAACAGGGCAUCGUAAAAGAGGGAAUGGAGAACAACAUGGAUGUGGAGUGGCUGUCACCUUUGGCUGCUACUUCUGAAGAUGCCCUCUGCUCUUCAGUGGAAUUUGUUUUAGAUUGGAUUUCUUGUUUUGUUUUGUUUAGUGUGAGUUUGAGAGACUCAUACAGAUACUGUCCUUGUGUCUGCUUGAAUCUGUUGUUGACUAAUUUGCCUAUUUAAGGCUAUGGUGGCGCUGGAUUAAACCAAAAAUCAUGUCUGUUUUUCUCUGAAAUUGUGUGCAUAGUUGGAGAUAAUGUAUUGAUGUGCUACAUAGGUAUGCUAUGAGAGGUUGUAGGUUAACUUCUCAUCUUUCGUUUACAAUCAGAGCAAAUAAUUGUCCGUGCUGAAUUUCUGUAUUUUCUUAAUGUUUUUAUUUGAUUUAAUAAAAUGAAUGUUAAUGCCAAAGAACGUAUAUUCAAGUGCUCUAGAUUGGUACGAUGUUUCAGUAGGAAGGUGAGCAAGUUAGUGGAGUUAUGUGCUCACCAUUUAACACAAUGUUUUCAUAGUACUGAAGGAUACCUUCAGCACAGGCUGUAAUCCCAGGCUAUUAUUAUACAUAAUAUUUUUUUGUGUAACAUAAUGGGAUAUGGAAUAAUGCUAAAAUAUGUGAUGUAUACUGUUACCAAUUUUAAAAAUACAAUUGUGUGUGUGAACGCGUGUUAUUUAAUGUGUUUGUGUGACUUUUUGUGUCAACAUGUGUAGAAGACAGGCUUUUAUUUUGAAAACCGGAAGUUCCUUUUUGUUUUCUCAGCUAAAAAUCACUGUAAAGGCAAGGCAACGAGUGUAAACAAAGUGGUCGGGUAAACACGGUGGCUACCAACAUGCGGACGUUACAAGCCCAAAACGUUUUAACAGCUAGGUAGCUAACUAGCUAUCUCUUAUCGGGGUUGUUUUAAUAGGAUAUCCCGCAGAAAUGGACACAGGAGGAUUCCAGGCACAAAGUAUGCGACGGAGGGACCUCCCGCCUCUUCCACAGCGUGGACAGCGUGCCCUGCCCCCCAUGUCAAGUCAAGAUACAGUUGACGUGAUGCCGGUCCCUAAAAGCAAGAGGAAGAAGUCGAAGAGUCAGGUGGAUGGUGUUGAAAGCCCAGAGGCAGACUCUGGGAUGGAGAUGGCCCAAGUGGGGGGUCUGAGCAGUCGCAGGUCAUCUGAGGUCAUCCAGGCCUUGACCCCCGAUUCGCCGGAAGCUGCACCACAGAGAAGGAAGAAGAAGAAAAAGGCAGCGACCGUAGACAUGGAGGAUGACCAGGCUGACCUGGUGAACGGGGAUGGACUGGUCCAGAACACAGCAGAGGCAGGGGAAGAAGUGACCAAAAAACCCAAGAGGAAGAAGAAGUCGAAAGUGUCAGAGACACAGUACGUCAACGAGCUUCAUGUAGAGGACGAUGACAUCAUCACAGACGCUCAGCCACCCGUCCCCCGGCAUUCCCUGUUCUCUGCUCCCCUGGGACAGAGCCAGCCCGUGGGGAAGGUGUUUGUAGAGAGGAGCAAGAGGUUUCAAGCGGCCGAUCGGUCAGACAGACCGAAGUCCAGCGAUCAGGUGGACAACUUCGUGGACAUCCAGCAGAUGUGGACUACCAAGGAUGUGUCUCUUAGGGUACAUGGUGGCUUCAGGGGGGUUGGGCUGUUCUGCCACGGCUUCCUAGCAGGCUAUGCAGUGUGGAACAUCAUAGUGAUCUAUGCCCUGGCAGGAAAACAUCUCACUACUCUGCCUAACCUACUGCAGCAGUACCACAGCCUGGCCUACCCUGCACAGUCUCUCUUCUACCUGCUACUGGCUAUAAGCACCGUGUCAGCCUUUGACAGGGUGAAUCUGGCCAAAGGCGCCAUGGCUAUGAGAGAGUUUGUCACCCUGGACCCAGUUGCUCUAGCCUCUUUCUUGUACUUCUCAUCUCUGGUCCUCUCUCUCAGCCAGCAGAUGACCAGUGACCGCAUCAACCUGUAUCCCAGUGCUAACGAGACCUUAUGGCCUCCUGGGUCAGAGCACCAGAUCCUGAACCCGUGGAUCAUAGUGAACCUGGUGGUGGCUGUGCUGGUAGGAAUGGCCUGGAUCUUCAUCUCCACUAGGCCUGAGAUGGACUACACCGAAGGAUUCCUAAUGGCUAUGGAGAUCGAGUCCUUGAGACCAGAGGAGAAAUCAGAAAUGUCUACUUGAGGAAUAGUAUUUCCAUUUUUUUUCCUUGCACAUCUUUUUUUGUGCUGUAUUUUUAUCAGCCAACACAAAAUGUACACCUUGUUUGUGGUAAUAAGCAGUUUAUUUUUGUAUGACCCAAAUGUGCACUUGUUUUGUCAAGUGUAUUGAUUACCAUUGGAAAUAAUAAAAAUGUUAUCCCACUGA